AUGGGCUUCCUACGCAGCCAACUCAUAGAAACGUUGAAGCUGCCUUACCCCAGCACGAGCUAUGCCGGCCAGACCAUAGUCAUUACCGGCAGCAACACAGGCUUGGGAAAGGAAGCCGCGCGCCACUACGCACGCCUGGGCGCGUGCAAAGUGGUUCUGGCCGUCCGCAACCUCGACAAGGGCGAGGCAGCCAAGAAGGACAUCCAAACAACGGCCGCCAAGGGGGUCUCGAUUGAGGUAUGGAAGGUUGACAUGGCGAGCUACGCCAGCGUGAGAGCCUUUGCUGCGCGCGUCGAGGCCGAACUGGAACGGGUCGACAUCUUCCAUGCCAACGCCGGCCUCGUUCGUUCCGAAUUCGCCCUGGCCGAGGACAACGAGACUAACAUCACCGUCAACUACAUCUCGACCUUUUACCUCGUUGCUCUUGUCCUGCCCAAGCUCAAGGCCACCGCCGAGCAGUUCAAGACACUCCCGAGCCUCGUGAUUACGAGCUCCGGCGCUCACAGGCACACCGCAUUUCCGCAAAUGAAGGAGGCCAACAUCCUCGCCGCACUCAACGACAAGGACUACGCCGGCGGCAAAUACUGGAUGGAGCAGUAUCCCAUCUCCAAGCUGCUGGGCAUCUUCGCCGUCCGCAGCAUCGCCAAGGAGCAUCCCGCAGACACGUACCCGGUAACCAUCAACCUCCCCAGCCCCGGGCUUUGCCACUCGGAUCUGUCUCGCGAAGCCAAGGGGAUGCAGAAGGUCGCCUUUACGCUCAUGAAGACGCUGCUGGCGAGAUCAACCGAGCAGGGGAGCAGGACGUUGGUCGACGCCGGCGUGCAGGGCGCCAAGUCCCAUGGACACUACCUGGAGGACUGCAAGGUCGCCCAGCCGUCCGAUGUCGUAACGCAGCACCCAGACGUGCAGGAUCGCUUGUGGGCCGAGCUGAAGGCCAAGUUGGAGGCUAUUCAGCCUGGUGUGACGGCCAACUUCUAG